GUCGCGCCGGCCGCAGCGGCUCGCACGGCUGCCGCCGAUGGCUGUCCAGCCGAGCUGAGCGCCCACCGCAGCCCGCCGAGCGAGGGAGGGAGCCUGCCGACCAGCGGCCUGCAGCGGCAUGGCGCCGCCGGCGGCCGCGCUGCUCUGGCUGCUGGGUGCCGCCGCGCUGGCCGGCGCCGACGAGGACCUGCCGUUCCGCACCGUAGCACCGCCAAAGGUCAACAAGGAGGACGUCAACAUAUCGGCCAUCUUGGACAACUGGCAGCAAGGCUACGAUAAGCGCCUCCGUCCCAACUACGGAGGCGAGCCGGUGGAAGUCGGUAUCACGCUACACAUAACCUCGUUCGGCUCCGUGUCGGAAGUGAACAUGGACUUCACCAUCGACUUUUUCUUCCGACAAUUCUGGCGCGAUCCGCGCAUGGCCUACGACGGCGACCUGGGCAUUGAAACGCUCACCAUCGGCACGGAGUUUAUCAAGAACAUCUGGGUGCCGGACACGUACUUUCCUAAUGAGAAGACUAGCUACUACCACGAGGCUACCGCGUCCAACGAGUUCCUGCGCAUCCGACCGACUGGAGACAUCCUCCGUAGCAUACGGCUGACCAUCACGGCGUCGUGCCCGAUGAGCCUGCAGUAUUUCCCCAUGGACCGGCAGAUGUGUGACCUACAGAUCGAGUCCUUCGGGUACGCCACCAGUGACAUCCGCUACAUGUGGCUGGGCGACGCGCCGAUCCAGAUCGACAGAUCGGUGCAGCUGCCGCAGUUCGACGUCAAGGGACACAAGACAGAGGACAUCGUCGCCACCACGUCAACAGGCAACUAUUCACGGCUGAAGCUGAACAUCCAGUUCGAGCGAUCGAUGGGCUACUAUCUGAUCCAGAUGUAUGUGCCCUCGGGACUGAUUGUCGUCAUAUCAUGGGUGAGCUUCUGGCUGAACCGCAACGCCACGCCUGCUCGAGUGGCUCUGGGCGUGACCACCGUGCUCACCAUGACCACCCUCAUGUCGUCCACAAACGCUGCCCUGCCCAAGAUCUCCUACAUCAAGGCCAUUGACGUCUACCUGGGCUACUGUUUCGUCAUGGUGUUUGCGUCUCUGCUCGAGUACGCCUACGUCGGCUACAUCGGGAAGCGGAUCUCGAUGCGGAAGACGCGCUACAUGGCCAUGCAGAAGAUGCUGAUGGAGCAGCGGCAGGAGGUGCAGAGCCGCGCACACUCGGGUGUGGUGGUCGCGCCGGAGGAGCACACGCCCAAAUCGGCCAUGGGCAGCAUGAGGCGGGGCCACGCCGGCCACCCGGGCACCUUCCAGGGCCACGCCUACCAGGGCCACAUGGCCCCGCAGUGUCACGACGCUCGGGAUCAGCACACAUGUCAGCACUUUCAGGAGGUGCGGUACAAGGCGCUCGACCCCAAGGCGCACUCCAAGGGCGCUGCGCUGGAGAACACGGUCAACGGAGGACGCUCGGGUGACGACGAGUCGGGCGGAGUGCCAGGGAUUUUGCAAAACAAGAAGCUGGAUACAAUCAUGGGCUGCAGCUCUUCAGACGUGGACAAAUACUCGCGGAUCGUGUUCCCCGUGACGUUCAUCUGCUUCAACCUCAUGUACUGGAUCAUCUACCUGCACGUCAGCGACAAAGUGGCCGCCGAUCUGGUGCCAUUCGUAAAGGAGGUGUGAAGAGGCCGACGAGCCCGGUCCACAAGAACACAGCCAGUACUCAGCAAAAACAACGGUCUGAGUCGGUUAAGACAACAGAGGAAAUAGCCAAAAUCGGUUCAGACCUCAGAGGAAGUGGCCACUGGCCAGAGCCGGUGCAGACAGUCUACAGACCUCGGCUGCGUGAAACAGACUGCAAAGGGAGACGCCGUGCGGAGAAAAGACUGCACAGCGAGUGGUGCGGCUAUCUCUGGCCGACUGCGGACACGGGCCAGCCUGGCGCGCUGACUCCGGCUUCUCUUGGCAUUUAUUUCAGUGGUAUUAUCAUGGUUCUGCGCUGGGCGGGUGAUCUUUAUAUUACGGUAGGGUGCAGGUCGCGGCGAAUCGCACUGGCUCCGUUUGUAUGUGUGUGUGUGUGUGUGUGUGUGUGUGCUGUGUCGGCGCAGGCGGUUAUGUGGUCAGUUCGCUGGUCGGGGGAGGAUAUGUCAGUUCGCUUGUAAGGGAAAGGUUGGAUCAAUGGUUCAGUUCGUUGCUCGGCGGAGGAUGUUCGCUGGUAAGAGAAGGAAGGUGGGCCAAUGGGUCAGGUCGUUGGUCGGGGGAGGCAGUAGGGUCAAUUUGCUGGUCAGAGGAGGCGGUUCGGUCAGCUGGUUGGUCGGAGGCGGCAGCCGGACUGGCUCUUCUCAGAGCUGUUCGCUGGCGGUGGAUGUAGACGACAGCAGCGCUGUAGGUGGGGUGCUCGACGUUUUAUAGCUAUUUUUAUAUCCUCCUGAUUUGUGAUGCGCCAUAUAAACUAUCCCAGGCCCGGCCAGCUCGGCCGGCGGCGCUCCACCGGUCCGGGAGCCGGCCGCCCGCAAUACAUCUGGCCGUCCUCAGCGGCUCCAGCGCUCGGCCACAUCUCCCGUCGUUCUCUGCUCUAGAUGAGUCCAUGUAAUUGCUCAAUGGGUGGCCGGUGAGUCGGCCGGAUCGGCGGCGCUGCGCGGCUCCUUCACCAUCAGCCAGAGCCAGCUCCGGCCGACCCCGGCGCGUCUGUCUGUCUGUCGGUCUGCCGGCGCGCGGUAUGUAUGCGUGUGUGCGCGGCUCCGCUGCGGCCACGGUCGCAGAACGCUCUCCCGUCUCCCUGGCGUUGGUCACGUGACUCAGUGGUCUGCACACGUGACCCAAUCACGUGUCCGGUGCGCGAGCCAAUCAGCGUGUCGUCGGACAGGAAAUGUGCUGGCCGCGCGGCCGGCGGCUACCACUGCUCAAGCGGCCCGGCCCGGCCCGACGCGCCCCUCCGGCCCGGUAAUGUCUCUCCGCCUAGUCGCGCAGCCCGCCAGCAGCCGGCCCGGCCCGUUCUGUUCACUAAGUAUUCCGGUCGGCCGCCGGACCGUAGUUGGUUGACAUCAAUACAUGCUGUUGUUGAUAUUCGGUGAUCAGAUUUAUCAAUACAUAUUUAAAAUAUGCA